AGCUAGCUACAGCUCUCUCUCUCUCCUUUUCCAAUCUCCCAUUCAAGAAAACAAAGUUUCAAACUCAUUCGACCCAUUAGUUCAACAAGUCCCUUCCAAAUCCAAACCCACCCCAUAAAACCAGGAAUAUUUAUUCCCACAAAAUCUUCCUUCUCUAGCUAGCUACUAGAUGAAAGAGCUGCUAGAAAAGUGAUGAUUUGAAGAUAUGGGUUAUGGGUUUUUGUCUUUCACUCUGCACUAGCUCUAUAAAGUCUCCCUUCAUAUAUAUAAUUAGGUUUCUGGUUCAUGUGUGUUUAAUGGACUGUUUGAAAGAGGUGGAAGGGAAGAGAGUUCAUGACCAUUUUGAGGACAAGAUGAGCAACUCAGUGAAGCUAGUAUGGGUGCCGGGACCCGUGAUAGUCGGCGCCGGGCCUUCGGGGUUGGCUGCAGCCGCUUGCCUAAAAGAGAAGGGUGUCCCAAGCUUGAUACUGGAAAGGGAAAAUUGCAUAGCUUCCUUGUGGAAGCUCAAGACCUAUGACCGGCUUCACCUUCACCGUCCCAAGCAAUUCUGUGAGCUUCCUCUCAUGUCUUUCCCCUCAAAUUUUCCAACUUACCCGACCAAGCAACAGUUUCUGGCCUACUUGGAGGCUUAUGCCCAACAUUUCAGCCUGAAUCCAGUGUUCAACAAGACAGUGGUGAGUGCCGAAUUUGACGAGGUUUGUGGGUUCUGGAGGAUUAGGAGCUUGGGGGUGAAAAUGGAGGAGACUAAGUUUGUGUGCCACUGGCUGAUUGUGGCCACGGGAGAGAAUGCUGAGGAGGUGUUGUGUUGCCCAAAAUUGAGGGCAUGACUGAGUUUGCAGGGCCUAUUGUUCAUACUAGCUUAUAUAAAAGUGGUGAAUCAUUUCAGGGAAAGAAUGUCUUGGUUGUUGGCUGUGGAAACUCAGGCAUGGAGGUUUGCUUGGACCUCUGCAAUUAUAAUGCCCAAUCUUCUCUUGUGGUUA